GGCUUCUCUGCCGACUGAAUAAGCGUCUCAGGAUCUUCGUCAUGACUCUUAAAUCUGGGCCUGUCAGUUCGCCCCAGCGUUUCUCGUCUCUAGGCACGGCAUGGAGUUUACAGAGUGUAACCAAUCAUAUAACGUCGAGAUCAGGUUGCCAGGCAGAUUAUGCUAAUAAGGCCCCGCCUUUUAUGCUGCUCCCACUCUGCGGCGGGAAGAACCACCUGGAGGUGGCGGGGGGGUUUGAUUUCCAUCACCCCUAGGGAGAGAGGAUCGGGGACCCGCUGAUCUUCCAGCUCCCCUCAUCCAACGUCGUAGAAGGAAGAGAAAUAUAGAAGACUUCUGUGCUGUACCCCAACCAAGGGAUUGUAUCCAGGCUUUUGCACUUGGAGACACCCCAUCACUGAGCUACAUCUCACCCUUGAACUUGGGAUCCUCCUGCCUCAGCUUCUCGAGUAGCUGGGAUUUCAGACACACUGCAGAGAGACCUUUCUGUCCUUCCUGAGUGUACAGAUGCUGGACAGAUGAUUGUCCUCUGCCCUGUGCUGCUGUAGGUGGCCCAGACUUGGAGCUGUCCAGCAGGAAAGUAUGGAUUCCAAAGAUGAAAGCUCACACGUGUGGCCGACGUCUGCAGAGCAUGAACAGAAUGCCACACAGGUGCACUUUGUUCCAGAUGCUGGAACUGUGGCUCAGAUUGUCUACACUGAUGACCAGGUCCGUCCACCCCAGCAGGUGGUGUACACAGCAGAUGGUGCCUCCUACACUUCAGUGGAUGGUCCCGAGCACACACUGGUAUACAUCCAUCCUGUGGAAGCUGCACAGACUCUGUUUACAGACCCAGGCCAGGUAGCUUAUGUCCAACAGGAUACUACAGCUCAGCAGGCCUCAUUACCUGUGCAUAACCAGGUACUGCCUUCCAUUGAAAGUGUGGAUGGUUCUGACCCUUUAGCAACUCUGCAGAAUCCAAUAGCUAGACUGGAGGCAAAAGAAGAAGAGGAGGAGGAGGAGGAUGAGGAUACUGAGGAAGAGGAGGAAGAAGAUGGUGAAGACACAGAUUUGGAUGACUGGGAGCCAGACCCACCCCGGCCCUUUGACCCCCAUGACUUGUGGUGUGAGGAAUGUAAUAAUGCCCAUUCUUCAGUGUGCCCCAAGCAUGGCCCCUUGCAUCCCAUCCCCAAUCGGCCUGUGCUCACUCGGGCAAGAGCGAGUCUCCCCCUGGUCCUCUACAUAGACAGGUUCCUUGGAGGAGUGUUUUCAAAAAGGCGCAUUCCCAAGCGUACCCAGUUUGGCCCUGUGGAGGGACCCCUUGUCAGGGGGUCUGAACUGAAAGACUGUUAUAUUCAUCUAAAGGUUUCUCUUGAUAAAGGGGACAGAAAAGACAGGGAUUUGCAUGAAGACCUAUGGUUUGAGUUGUCUGAUGAGACCCUCUGUAACUGGAUGAUGUUUGUACGUCCAGCCCAAAACCACCUGGAGCAGAACCUGGUGGCUUACCAGUAUGGCCACCAUGUAUAUUAUACAACGAUAAAGAAUGUGGAACCCAAGCAGGAACUGAAGGUGUGGUAUGCUGCAUCCUAUGCUGAGUUUGUGAACCAGAAAAUUCAUGACAUUUCUGAGGAAGAAAGAAAAGUUCUUCGAGAGCAAGAGAAGAAUUGGCCCUGCUAUGAAUGUAACCGCCGGUUUAUAAGCUCAGAGCAAUUGCAGCAGCAUCUCAAUUCUCAUGAUGAGAAACUGGAUGUGUUUAGCAGAACAAGAGGCAGAGGGAGGGGACGAGGCAAGAGACGAUUUGGUCCAGGUCGAAGGCCAGGGCGUCCUCCAAAAUUUAUCCGCUUGGAAAUAACCAGUGAAAAUGGAGAGAAAAGUGAUGAUGGGACACAGGACUUGCUACAUUUUCCCACAAAGGAGCAGUUUGAUGAGGCUGAACCAGCUACUCUGAAUGGGCUGGAUCAACCAGAACAGACCACUAUCCCAAUCCCUCAGCUGCCACAGGAAACUAGGUCGUCUCUGGAACAAGAACCAGAAACUCACACCCUUCACCUACAGCCACAGCAUGAAGAGAGCGUGGUACCCACCCAGAGCACUUUGACCGCAGAUGACAUGCGCAGGGCCAAACGCAUCCGAUUGGAGCUGCAGAAUGCAGCUCUUCAGCAUCUGUUUAUUCGGAAGUCCUUCCGGCCUUUUAAGUGUUUGCAGUGUGGGAAGGCCUUCCGGGAAAAGGACAAACUGGACCAACACUUGCGCUUCCAUGGGCGGGAGGGGAAUUGCCCAUUGACCUGUGAUCUCUGUAACAAGGGCUUCAUCAGCAGCGCCUCCUUGGAGAGCCACAUGAAGCUCCAUUCGGACCAGAAGACUUACUCUUGCAUUUUUUGCCCAGAAUCCUUUGACCGCCUUGAUUUGUUGAAAGAUCAUGUGGCCAUUCAUAUCAAUGAUGGCUACUUCACCUGCCCAACUUGUAAGAAACGGUUCCCAGAUUUUAUCCAGGUGAAAAAACAUGUGCGCAGCUUCCACUCAGAAAAGAUCUACCAGUGUACAGAGUGUGACAAAGCCUUCUGCCGCCCUGACAAACUGCGACUCCACAUGCUCCGGCAUUCAGACCGAAAAGAUUUCCUAUGUUCUACCUGUGGGAAGCAGUUUAAGCGAAAAGACAAACUACGGGAACACAUGCAAAGAAUGCAUAAUCCUGAGAGGGAAGCCAAGAAAGCUGACCGUAUCAGCCGCUCCAAGACCUUCAAACCUCGAAUCACAUCCACGGACUACGACAGCUUUACCUUCAAGUGCCGGUUAUGCAUGAUGGGCUUCCGGCGACGGGGCAUGCUGGUAAAUCACUUAUCAAAGAGGCAUCCAGACAUGAAGAUAGAAGAAGUGCCAGAGUUAACUCUACCCAUCAUAAAACCAAACCGGGAUUACUUUUGCCAGUAUUGUGAUAAGGUUUAUAAAAGUGCCAGCAAGCGUAAAGCCCAUAUUCUGAAGAACCAUCCAGGAGCUGAGCUCCCACCAAGCAUUCGGAAACUUCGUCCUGCUGGUCCUGGAGAGCCAGACCCCAUGCUGAGCACCCACACCCAACUUACGGGCACCAUUGCCACCCCUCCUGUCUGCUGCCCUCACUGUUCCAAGCAGUACAGCAGCAAGACCAAGAUGGUCCAACAUAUUCGAAAGAAACAUCCAGAGUAUGCUCAGCUUCCCAACAGCAUCCAGACGCCCCUGACCACAGCUGUGAUCAGUGCCACCCCAGCUGUUCUGACGACAGAUAGUGCCACUGGAGAGACUGUGGUGACAACAGACCUGCUAACCCAAGCGAUGACAGAAUUGUCUCAGACCUUAACAACUGAUUACCGAACACCACAGGGAGACUACCAGAGGAUUCAAUACAUCCCUAUGUCCCAGUCUGCAUCUGGGCUCCAGCAACCUCAGCAUAUACAGCUUCAAGUGCUACAGGUGGCCCCGGCCACUUCCCCUCACCAGUCUCAGCAGUCCACUGUGGAUGUUGGACAGCUCCAUGAUCCUCAGACCUACACACAACAUGCUAUCCAGGUGCAGCACAUCCAAGUCACUGAGCCCACAACCUCAGCCCCGUCAUCAUCCCAGGUGGCUGGGCAGCCACUGAGCCCUUCCGCUCAGCAGCCUCAGCAGGGGCUCAGCCCCUCCCAUAUACAAGGCAGUUCUUCCACACAGGGGCAGACUCUGCAGCAGCAGCAGCAGCAGCAAAACUCCUCUGUGCAACACACGUAUCUUCCCAAUGCUUGGAAUUCUUUCCGAGGCUACUCAUCUGAGAUUCAAAUGAUGACACUUCCCCCAGGUCAGUUUGUGAUUACAGACAGUGGUGUAGCAACUCCUGUCACUUCUGGCCAAGUGAAGGCGGUUACUCCGGGUCAUUAUGUGUUAUCAGACGGUCAAACAGAAUUGGAGGAAAAGCAAACUUCUGCCCUUUCCAGUGGUGUCCAGGUUCAGACAUCUGCACACAGUGACUCUCUGGAUUCCCAAACCACCAGCCAACAGCAGACCACACAGUACAUCAUCACCACCACGACCAAUGGGAAUGGAAGCAGUGAAGUGCACAUCACUAAACCCUAGUUUUCACCGUGGAGCUAGCGUGGAGCAUUCACAUCAUGUAUUUUCUCAUUCAUAAGUCUGAAGCUUCUGAUACCCAGACCUCUUUUUUAAGAUUUAGUAUUCACUCAAAGAAUUUGAAGACUACAAUUUUGGCGUGCAUGCGCGCGCGCGCACACACACACACACACACACACACACACACACACACACACAUAUGUGGGGAUUAUUUUGUCAAGGUCUUCAUUACCAAAUUGACUCUUAAAGCCCUUAGAGCUUCUGCCACGAAAUGGAGAUCUUUCAGGGGAAAGUAGAUUUCAGGAUGGAGAAACUUUGUCUUGCUCGAGUUGGUUUUUUACCACACUGAUAAGCCUUACUUUCCUUCAUGGAAAUAUUAAGUGGCAUAUUUGUGUUCAUACCAAAGGUGGAGACAGGCUGUGCCAAGUCCAUGGUCAUUGGACUUCUGAAUUCCAAGCCAUGGCACCAAAGGAGAAUGGGCAUCUCACAGGUGUGAUUUAAAUCAGGACUUGUAAGUUUGAGUUUUCAGUAAUUUAACAAAGGGAGCUUACUGGAUAAGAAAAUAAAAAUGAUGAGACAAAAGUUUGACAGUGGUGUACUGAAGGGAAAACUGUCAUUUAAAAUUUUCUUAUUGCUGACUUUCUUUUCUUUUUUCUUUUUUUAGAUAGGGGUGUUGCUAUGUUGGUUAGGCUGGUCCUGAACUCCUAGGCUCAAGUGAUCCUCCUGCCUCAGCUUCCUGAGUAGCUGGGAUUACAGGCAGGCCACCAUGAUUUUUUUUUUUUAAUUUUCAUAUAUUAAAAGACUAUGGUUAGUGGUUGAUAAUACUUUUCACAGAUCUUGGUCCUCAGCAGAUUAAGGCAGAACCUCAUGUCCUGAUAGUUCUUUCUUUAUUAUUUCAUAACGAUGGGUGGACUCCCCAAAAUAGAAAAGACUUCUUGAUGUUAGCAGAAUUUAAGCCCCUAUAUGAAACUUUUGCCUUUCAUUCUCUGGUUGCAGUUGUAUUAAGGGCAUAUUGGUACCAAGAGAAUUUACCCAAAUUAAAACUAUCCUGUGGGGGCAGGGGCGGGGGGGCAGAGAGGGAGACCUGAAACACUGUCCUGCCUUGCAGCAUCCAUUUACCAUUAAUUGGUAAAAGUUGAAUUCCUUGUUCUUACCAAGUAUACAUUUAACUCCCCCCGCCACUUUUUUUUUUUUUUGGUGUGUGUGUGUGUGUGUGUGUGUGUGUGUGUGUGUGUGUGUGUAUGUGUGGUGCUGGGCUUAAACCCAGGGCCUCAAGCAUGCUUGGCAGGUGCUCUAAUAACUGAAUUACUCCUCGAGCCCCUACAUUUAACUCUUGUUCACAGCAUUCAGUAUAUUUUAAUACUUUCAAUGCUGUCUUAAAAUGAACAUUCUUUAAAGUUGGAUGGAAAGGUGGCCUUCCUUAUUUCUAAAGACUUUUAAUUUUAAACAUAUUGCAACUCAUCUGGACCUUUUUAUGAGAUGACCAACUUCACACUAAGGGGGAAAAUUAAAAUGCAGGGACCAUUUAUAAUAGGAUAAUAUAAAGGAUCUGGAAGAAAUUGUCUCUUUAUGAAUAUUAUACUGUCAGGUGGGAGAGGAAAUGGUUUGUCUUAUAUGUGUUCCUGUUUAGUAGGAGUCUUGUGUGCUAUGAAUUCAGUGGGGAAAAGUAUUUACCCUCUUUUUACUGUACAUUCCAAUUGUACCUGUGAAACAUUUCAGUCAGUACAUAUUUUAACAACAUUUUGUGACAUGCAUUUUUAGAAUAAUUAUUGUAUAGUGAAUUUAUCAAUCCAGAUCAAGAAGACCUAAAUACGUUUAAAAUUAAGUCAACUAAUUAUUUUAUUUAUAUUUCUGAGUGAAAACUGGUUCUAUGAAUUAAGAAGCAUAGUAGCUUCUUUAUGGUAAAGGUAUCUUUCUGAAAAGUAAAAAGAAUUCUUUUCUACUAACUUUACUAAUAUGUAGAUCUUGCACUUUAUUUUUGAGACCUCAUUCACAUAGCUAUCUCUGAAAAUUUGGGCACUAAGAGGACUUGAAAAAGAUUCUUCAAAAAUGUUUGGAAACUGAAAAUGGACUUUCUAUCUUUGGUAACAAAGAAGUAACAUGGAUAUUUUCAACAGAAAAUAUUGAUCUUGAGUCACAAAAUGCAGACUCUAGUUCCCAAAGUUCCAUAAUAUAAUGAUUGUAAGUAACCUAUUGCCCUCAAGAAAGACUUGUUAGGAGGAGAAUACUAGACUUUUCCAAAGGUCCAGUUUGGGUUUUUGUAACUUAUAUUUGGCCCUGUUGGGUUCUUUUUAAUUUGAUCCAGCAAGGAAUCUUCCCUCUUCUCAGGAAUAACUUAUUGAUUAAAAUAAAAAAUUAUCACUGAAUAGAAUGUUCGUUUUAUGCCAGUUAUUUUAAGUUUUAAAAUACACAGAGGAAGAUCUUGUUGAAGAACUUUGUCUCUUUCCCUUCUAAGUUUUUCCUUUGUCUUUUUUAGUCCUUAUGUGGAAUAAAUUAAGACUCUAAAACUAACGUUAUCAACCAGAGAUGCAGGUGGCACUAAAGCCAAACAACAUUGCUUUAGGAUCAGGUAUUGUGCACAUUAAUUCCAAGGCAAUAUUUUCAAAAGGACUUGGAUUUGAAGAGAUAGCAGACUAUAAUUCCUCUGAAGACCUAAUUUGGGAAACACUUAUGUAGCCAAUGUUUGUUUUGUGGUCACUCCCAAAACACACUGACACUGUAGACUUUAUUCAGUGCAGAGUGAUAUUUUGGAGUAGGGUGGAUAUAAAUUUUACAUUUUUAUUGUUUGAUUUAUUCCCAAAUAGACAUUUCAUCAUGUAAAAUUUCUGUUCUUCUGGAAAAAGUUUUUGUUUGAUCUUGAAUUAUUUUCUGACUUGGAAUUAUCCUUUCAGAAAAGUCUUAAGAUAGCUAGGGCUAAAAAGCACUUCAUGAGAUGCUAAAGCUUACCCAUUGGUUGAAUAUGUUGACCCUAUCCUAUUAUUUAAAUGUGAACAUUUCUUGUACAUUCAGUGAGUUAUAGUGUUAAUAGUCUUGUGCUAUGCAGCAGGUGUAAAAAUUAAUAAAUAUUUUUUUUAAUAAA